AAAGACGUUACAGGAGGAGGGGCUUAAGAAUAUCAUCAUGGCGGGAUGCAUGAAAAUUAUAAGCGGGUGGUUCUCAACAAGUUCAAAUUUACUGUUUUUUACGGUGCUAUUCGUGUGCUUACCUCAGACAUCGCACCAAAAAGCGGGUAACACACCUUCAAUAAUUGAUCUGAAUGAUGGCGAACAGCUCGUCAUGAUGGGACCCAACCUGUUCUGUUACAAAAAUCCAGUUGUUCCAACCUGGAGGCAAACAUGGACAAGAAUUCAGGUGAAGGUGUGGAGUUCAAAAGUAUUUAAGGUGGAAACUGUGGAAGGUGAAGAGGAGCUGCAGGAGCUGGAACACUUCAGUGUAAAGAGCUGGUUUCAAAGUUUUCUACGAGAGCAGCACAAUGAAACCUUCAUUAACAUCAACCUGUUCAGUAAGCUGACCUGCUUCAAGGUGGAUCCUACUGCAGGAGCUCAGUACACCGUUAAAUCCAUCCGCAAGUUUGAUAUCUACCUGUUUUUGGUCUUCCUCUCCGGGGUGUUGCUGUUUGUUUUUGCAGACUCCCUGAGCAGGAGUCAGCUUUUCUUCUACUCUGCUGGAAUGAGCACAGGCAUGCUCGCUUCUCUCCUCAUCCUCUUUUACAUUCUGUCCCGCUUUUUGCCAAAGAAAAGCCCCUUUUACAUGCUUAUUGUGGGCGGGUGGUCAUUCUCUCUCUAUGCCAUCCAACUUGUCUGCAAGAACCUUGGUGUGAUUCUGCGAGAGCACUGGCCCGCUGCAUUAGGUUACGUAACGGUGGUGGGAUUCAUCAGUUUUGCCGUGUGUUACCGUUACGGCCCACUGGUGGAUGAGAAGAGCAUCAACAUCCUAUCUUGGACCCUGCAACUGUUUGGCCUACUUCUGAUUUACCUGGGAAUUCAGAUCCAGCAGGUUGCCCUUGCUAUCAUCGUGGCAUCUUUGCUCUCCAAAAAUCUGGAGUAUCCAGUCAUUCUGGCAUUGGCAGCAUGGAGGAAGGUCAGAGGGUAUAUAAACUGGAAGCCACUGCCGCGCCGCCUCCUUACAGAGGAAGAGUAUCAGAAAGAAGGAGAAGAAGAGACCCGCCGUGCCCUGGAGGAGCUGCGGAAAUACUGCAACAGCCCAGAGUUCAGCCCCUGGAGGGCUGUGUCCAGGCUUCAGUCCCCCAAAAGGUUUGCUGAUUUCAUCGAAGGCUCCCCCCACCUGAUGCCAAACGAGGUGUCCAUCCACACACAGGAAUACGGCUUUGGAGGAACUUUUUUCGAGGACGAGUUAUUUGACACCGACGACGAGGACGAGGAAGAAAAACUCGAGCCGAUGAUGAAGCUGGCGUGAGAUAAAACUGUUAUUGUCUCUCAGGAGGUCAGGUUGAAGAACUUCUCGCUGCAGACGUCCAGGUCGACAUGUAGACUUGAUGGAGGGAAUCUGUGGACUGGAUACCACCCAGAACCAUCACACCUGGAACCAUGAGAUGAGCUUUGUGAGUCAGAAAGACAGUGCACCUUAAAGCACAUACAUUCUUUAGCAGGUCAACCCUUUAGUUGCGAAUGAAUGAGCUGUAAUAUGGGGAGUUUCUUUAUCCAUAAGUGAGGUUGCACUUUUCCAAAAUUUUAUUUCCAACCCUUUGGCUCUGAUUCAAUCAACUAAA